GUUCUGCUUCCGGCUGAGGCGUGGAACGCAUUGGAAGCUGUUGCUGGAGUCUGGUUAGAUACAUGUGGAAGCUUGCAGCGGGCAGUCUGUCCUUCACAGGGGGUAAAAAGCCGGGCAUGAAGAAUUGGAAGAAACACUAAUUCGAGUAGAUCCAUCAGCCGUAAAAAUGCCGUUUACUGAUUUUAUAUCUGCUCUCAAAGACAAUCCCUAUUUUGGUGCCGGGUUUGGCCUGGUUGGCGUGGGGACAGCACUGGCUUUGGCUCGUAAAGGUGCCCAGCUUGGUAUGGUUGCCUUUAGGAGACACUAUAUGAUAACACUGGAGGUGCCAAGCAAAGACAAGAGCUACCAAUGGCUUCUGAAUUGGAUAUCUCACCACGCCAAGCACACUCAGCAUCUGAGUGUGGAGACAUCUUAUCUACAGCAUGAGAGCGGAAGGAUAAGCACCAAGUUUGACUUUGUUCCAAGUCCUGGCAACCAUUUCAUCUGGUACCGGAGGAAGUGGAUUCGAAUUGAGAGGAAUCGUGAGAAGCAGAUGAUUGACCUUCACACUGGAACCCCCUGGGAAAAUGUCACAUUCACUGCUUUUGGGACCAAUCGGAACAUUUUCUUUAACAUUCUGCAGGAAGCAAGGGAGUUAGCCCUGCAUGAGCAGGAAGGGAAGACGGUUAUGUACACCGCGAUGGGAGCAGAAUGGCGGCAGUUUGGGUUCCCACGGCGCAGACGUCCGUUGAGUUCCGUAGUGCUGGAAGAAGGUGUCUCGGAGAAGAUUCUACAAGAUGUGAAAGGAUUUAUUAAUCACCCCAAGUGGUACAGUGACCGAGGUAUCCCUUACAGAAGAGGCUACCUGCUUUACGGACCUCCAGGGUGUGGGAAAAGCAGUUUUAUCACUGCCAUUGCUGGAGAGCUGGAGUACAGUAUAUGCCUGAUGAGCCUCAGUGACAACAGCCUCUCAGACGACCGUCUCAAUCACCUCCUGAGUGUGGCCCCACAACAGAGCAUCAUCCUUCUGGAAGAUGUGGAUGCCGCAUUCGUCAGCCGCGAUCUGGCCAAACAGAAUCCAGGAGUAUACCAGGGAAUGGGGCGUUUGACAUUCAGCGGCCUCCUAAAUGCGUUGGAUGGCGUAGCUUCCACAGAGGCUCGGAUAGUGUUCAUGACAACCAAUCACAUAGACAGGUUAGAUCCAGCGCUGAUCCGCCCAGGGCGUGUUGAUUUCAAGCAGUAUGUGGGACACUGCACUCACUGGCAACUCACACAAAUGUUCCUCCGUUUCUACCCGGACCAGACACCUGCUACUGGAGAGCAAUUUGCUAAAGCAGCUUUCUCCCACACAGACAAACUCAGUGCUGCACAGGUUCAAGGACACUUCAUGAUGUAUAAAACAGACCCUGAAGGUGCAAUCGAGAACAUUGGUUGUGUGACUGUGUGAUACAUGGCCUGUUAUUGGUCUGUGAAUACAUCACAUUGCGACAUGGGCUACGUCACCUCAACGCCAGUCACAAAAGGGGCGAUUCCUGUGUGCAGCUCAAAAGGACACUUGUUGAAGUUGAUUAUUCAUAUUUGGUGCCUCAUAAUGAGGUUUAAAUUAUAGAUUGAGAAUUUCAUGUUGUGAACAUAAAACUUUGUUUCUUUUUAAACUGAAUUUGUACCUGUUUGUGGAAUCUCAUUGUCCAGUCCAGGAGUUGUGCUCGGCUCUGUGCUGACACUUCCACAAUUGUUUCAUAUAGAACAUUAGUGUUCAAAACAUUCUGAUCUGUGCCAUGUAUCACAUGCAGGAUUACAUUUUAAAGUCACCCCUCCUGUGACACAAUGGGAAUUAUUACUGUGCUAACUUACGCACUGUAGCGAGUUUGUGAUGACUUUGUAAUUAUAGUUGGAAGGCUUAUAAUGAGACCAGGACCCUCUUCUCCUUACAUUACUCAUAGAAGGUAUUAUAUAUUGACUGUUUGGUCACUAAACAUAGUAUUUUAAUGAGUUGAAACCUGUAAUUACAGUAUUCAGGCCAAAAAGCAGAGUUUGCUAUUUCAAUAUAAAAUUUACUAUUUAGUGAAUAAACUAUUUAUUGACACAACAUCCAUCAUUGUUGAGUAAUAGGUGAGAAAUAUUAGGAUUAUGUGCUGAACCCUCAUUUGUACAGGACUGUUUUUUAGCAUUUUUUUUCAGAUUACAAACAGUGGAAUUAAUGUCAGUGAUCCAAAAAGUCAUACAGCCUGCUGUCUUUAGAAUGCUCAGGCAACACAGCAGCUAACACCUGGGUGGGGCAAUUAACCAAAUGCCAUCAAUAUGUUUUUACAGUAAAGGGAAGUGGAUAUUAUAACUUUAAGUUUACUCCAACCAAAAAAUCAAUGUUUGCAAAAAACACUGGAUUUAUUGUAGUAACCCUUUUAUGUGAUGCCCCUCGCCAAGGCCACGUUUUCUCCUUAUCCUGAUCCUCAGCUGACAUCACUCUCCUUUGCCUAAGUGGGAGGGAUGUCAGGGAGGACUGGGUUGCUACGGACAGUGUGGAGGGCAGUGCUGGCAUUGACUGUCUGGCAGUGCGUGCUGUUGUCAGAUGUCAAUUUUGCACUAAAUUGACAUUAGCCAGCCAGGAACAUUAU